GUAAUUCCGGAGAAGCUCAGACUAUGGCGAGCCAGAGGACACACUUCUAAGAUUUCAGUCAGCCAAUAACAUCUCUCGUUUCAGUGUUCCCUCCUACUGCAUGAAAGGUACAUGUAAAGUGCCCUCCUAUAUUAGGUGCAUAUAAAGUGUCCCACUGUCAGACCCACACAUUAUACAGUGCAGAAGGGACUAAUGUUACAAUGAUGAAUAGAGAAGUAUUUAUGUUUUACAUCAACUUGUUUUCUGCUUUUACCAAACCAAACGUAAUCCAACCAACACCUGUGAUGGUUACUGAGCUGGGAGGCACUGUGACUCUCACUUGCUUUUGUCCCAAAUUGUCGGUGACCAGGUUUGAUUGGUUCAAGCAGAGUUUUGGACAGGAACCCCUCCUCAUGGCAUCAUCUCUUUAUGUUGGCCAAGAGAGUUAUUAUUCCAACAACUUUAUCAAGGACUUUACUGAGACCGAACGUUUGGGUGUGAGGAGAGGAGACUACUGCUAUAACUUGACCAUAUCCAAGACAGAGCCAGGGGACUCAGCUACAUACUAUUGUUUUACUUCAGCCAUCUAUGAGCUCACAUUUGGAGAGGGAACUGUUUUAAUUGUCCAAGACUCAGAGUCCAACAGCAUGUCUGUGCUCCAGCAGCCUGUGUCUGAGUCAGUCCAGCCAGGAGGCUCUGUGACUCUGAACUGUACAAUUCACACUGAGACCUGUGCAGGAGAACACAGUGUCUAUUGGUUCAGACAUGGCUCAGGAGAAUCCCGUCCAGGAAUCAUUUACACCCAUGGAGACAAGAGUGAUCAGUGUGAGAAGAGCUCUGAGACUGGGUCUCCUACACAGAGAUGUGUCUACAACCUCCCCAAGAGGAACCUCAGCCUCUCUGAUGCUGGGACUUACUACUGUGCUGUGGCCUCAUGUGGGGAGAUUUUGUUCGGGAACGGGACCAAGCUGGACAUUGACCAUGGUUGUAAGGAGGACCAUCUUCUGUUCAUGUAUUGCCUUGGCGUAGCGUUGGGUCUGUGUGUCCUCCUCAUCAUUGUCCUUACUUGUGUUUUGUACAAGAUGAGCAAGUGCAUAGGAACCCAACUUCAGCCAAGUACUCCUGCAGUCCCCAAUCAUGAUAACCAGGAUCAAGAGCCUGUUACUCUCCAUUACGCCGCUCUGAACGUCGUCCACAAGAAACCAAAGUCCGGGAGACAGAGGAGCGCCAUGGAGACAGACACUGUGUACUCUGGUGUGAGACGCCAAAACAUGGACUGAAAUGUCAACCUGUCCUCUUUAAUAACUUGCACUGAUUCUGUGUUUUCUACACUGUAUGUUUGACUGUGGCUUUUUCAUUGUAAGUUACAAUUACUUACAUCUCAAUUUUAUAUUGAUACUGAUGUUCAAUUUUGAUCAAUUAAAACAUUA